UCUAAAAAUCCAUAAUUCUAUACUAAGAUUGAGGCUACUUAACUUUGCGCAUGUUUUGUGAGAGAAAACCUUUUUUAAAAAGUCUUAAUACGAAAAUGCUUAGAUAACUAGCUCAUUGAUUGAUUUUAAUGGUUUGCAUGGUACUUCGAAUCAGCACGAUUGAUAUAUAAAAACAAGACCAAAAAAAGACUAAAGUCAAAGAUCAAGUUGGAAGAAUCACAAUUUAACAAAUGGAAAAAGGUGUGGCUUUAAAAAACUUCCAAGACGGAUCAGUAUUAUUCGAUACACUGCAUAUGAAAGCAGAGGUGGCUGGUUGCAAUGAAAAACGAUGUGUUGGAUCUAUAGUCAUUCCUGAUGAAGAAAAACAUAUUAAAAUUGAGCCAUCACAAGUCAAAAAUGAAGCAUUGAAGUUUCUUGAAGAAUAUUUUCAGACACAACAAUGUUUAAAUACUCUACAGCACAAAGAAAGGAUCAAAGAGGUUCUAACAGAAAUUGACAAUUGUAAUUCUUAUGAGUUAACAGAAAAAGAAUUGAUAUUUGGAGCUCGUCUUGCUUGGAGAAAUGCAUCACGUUGUAUUGGGAGAAUUCAUUGGAAAAAUUUACAUGUGUUUGAUUGUCGCCAUGUAACUACAGCACAACAAAUGUUUGAGUGUUGUUUACAACAUCUUCGCUUUGCAACAAAUAAGGGGAACAUUAGGUCUACAAUAUCAAUUUUUCCACAUCAAAGAAAUAACCAUGGAGAUUUUCGCAUAUGGAAUCCACAACUAGUAAGAUAUGCAGGGUACAAGCAAGAUGAUGGAGUUAUUGGAGAUCCAUCAAGUAUAGAAAUUACUGAAGUUGCGCUGAGCCUGGGUUGGGUUAGUAAAAGAACAAUGUUUGAUAUACUGCCUUUGAUCAUUCAAGCAGGUAGUACAGAACCUCAGUUGUUUGAAAUCCCCAAAGAAUAUAUUCUUGAAGUGAACAUUCAACAUCCAGUAUAUCCCCAAUUAGACCGAUUGGGUUUACGAUGGUAUGCUGUACCAGUUAUAAGUAAUAUGGCUUUAAGCUGUGGUGGGUUGACGUUUACAGCCAUUCCUUUUAAUGGGUGGUAUAUGAGUACAGAAAUCAGUGUCAGAAAUUUCUGUGAUGAAAGUCGAUAUAAUUUGUUGAAGCCUACAGCGGAAUUAUUGGGAUACAAUACAUCUACCCACAUGUCCUUAUGGAAAGAUCGAGCAGUCUUAGAACUAACAGCUGCUGUCUUACAUAGUUAUCAAGCAGCAGGUGUGACCAUGGUAGAUCAUCACAGUUUGGCUGAAUCUUUCAUAAAACAUCUUCAUAAAGAAAAUAAAUUGCGUGGUGGUUGCCCAUCUGACUGGGUGUGGAUAGUUCCACCACUUUCUGGAUCAAUAUGCCCUGUAUUCCACCAGGAAAUGCUCAAUUAUAAAUUAAAACCAGCUUACGAGUAUCAGGCUGAUGCAUGGAUGAGUCAAUUAAGUACAAAUAAUCACAAAUUCAAAAAAAAUUCAAAUUUGGUUAAAUUGGCCACAAAUAUGACAAGUCAUUUAGUAACCAAAUGUCAAAAAAUCACAAUUUUAUAUGCAAGUGAAACAGGCAGAGCAGAGUCUUUUGCUUAUAACUUACAAGAACUUUUACAAAAUGCCUUUAAUUCAAAAGUAGUUUGCAUGGAUCAAUACGAUUUUGAAGAUUUUAAAAAUGAAAAUUGCAUAUUUGUUGUUGCAAGUACAACCGGAAAUGGCGAAGGUCCUGAAAAUGGCCAGGCUUUUGGUAAAAAAUUGUAUGAAAUGGCUUAUCCAUCUGAAAAUAUGAAAACUAUUUGUGGAACAAACACUUCACAACACCAACACACUUCACAAUUUUCUUUAUUUGAUGAAAGUUUUCACAUUCUUUUUUCUGUGUUUGGUCUUGGUUCAAAAGCUUAUCCAAAUUUUUGUGCAUUUGCUAAGUCUAUCAAUAAUCUACUCAAAACUCUUGGUGGUAAAGAGAUAUACCCGAUUGGAGAAGGAGAUGAACUUUGUGGUCAAGAAGAUGCAUUUAAAACAUGGUCACAGGGUUGUUUUAAGGCAGCAUGUGAAAAAUUUUCAGUGAAGAUUGAAAAUCAAUCAACACACAGUUUUCAAUUGCGUAGUGAAGACUAUCACGUUAUAUUUCCUGAAAUAUUUAUCAUGAAAUCUCUCCAUGAAGAGCUUAAACUUUUUCAUCAAAAAGCCAUUGAAGCAUGUCGAAUAGUUUCUGUCAGCAACUUGCAAACUGAAGAAUCUAAUCGUGUUACAAAUUUGGUGCGUAUUGGUAAUUUAUCUACAAAAAAGUUGUUAUACAGGCCAGGUGAUCACUUAGGAGUAUAUGCAUGUAACAACAUGGAAAUGGUUGAUAGAUUAAUUAGUCGUGUGACAAACAAUAAACUUACUUCGUUGACUGUUGUAGACAUAGUUUUGGAUAAAGAAAUUUUAUAUGAUGAAGAAGUCAAAAAUCUUUUUCAAAAAAGGUUGCCUUUUCCCAACACCCUAGGAAGGAUUUUUGGAUGGUAUCUUGAUAUAACAACUCCACCCACUAUGAAAUUACUUGGGAUUUUUGCAAGUAAAUGUAAAAAUUUAAAAGAAAAAAAGAUGCUAAUGAAACUUGCUAUGGUUAGUAGCGAAUAUGAAAAUUGGAAGCAAUCUUCAUAUCGCACCAUUGUAGAUGUUCUUGAAGAGUUUUCAUCAGUUGAAAUCGAUUUUAUACUAUUAGCAACAGAGUUACCAAUUCUAAAGCCUAGGUAUUACUCUGUAUCUUCAUCACCAGACCUUUAUCCUAAUGAAAUUCAUAUAACAGUAGCACUGGUGACUUAUUCUAUCAAUAAUGUUGUUCACAAUGGUGUGUGUUCUUCAUGGCUGCAUUCAAGAAAAUAUGAAGAUGAAAUAUACUGUUUUGUCAGGAAGGCUCCUGCUUUUAAUUUUCCAUUAUCCUCAUCUGCUCCCAUAAUAAUGGUGGGAACUGGAACAGGUAUUGCACCGUUUCGAUCUUUCUGGCAACAAAGAUUGUUUGAUCUAUUGCAUCAGAGUGAGGUAGAAUUUGGAGAAAUGUUUUUGUUCUUUGGGUGUCGAAACAAAUUUGAUAAUAUUUAUGGCAGAGAAAUAGAGAAUGCAAAAUGUCAAGGAGCUUUAACCAAAGUGUUUGUAGGAUGUUCCAGGCUACCUGGAAACCCCAAGACUUACGUACAAGACUUGAUAAAAACCAAUUCAGAGGUGGUCCUUAAAUAUUUUUUUAAAAAACAAGGUCACAUAUAUGUUUGCGGUAAUGUUGCUAUGGCAUCUGAUGUUCAAAAAACCAUAAUAAAUAUCAUGAUGGACAAUUUAAAAUAUACUGAGCAAGAUUGUAAAGAUUUGAUUCAUAAUUUGAAGAAGAACGGACGUUAUCAUGAGGAUAUAUUUGGUGCCACAAUAACUAAAAAUCACUUGUUGCCUGUUAGAUCAAACCACGUCACUAAACAGCCAUUAAAAUCACCUUAUGUUAAAUCAAAUAACAAAAUAAUUCCAAAUGGUAAAAAUAAUGCGAGUACAACGAAAUAUUUUAUAAAAUGUUUAGAAGAUCGAAUAAAAAAUGAAGCGAAACUUGAAAUUAAGUGUAAAAAAAUUGUGAAUGUGAAGUUUUAAACUUCUGUCUUGAAACUAACUUAACUUGUAAAUACUUAACUUUUGUAUUAUAAAUUUUUAAA